AAAUGGAUAUAUUCGGGCAUUCAUUGUUCGUUUCUCUAAGUGAGCUUCAUAACGUCUAAUGUUGGGUGGUUAACUUUUCUCAGAGCUCUGAUUGUGCCACUGACUGUAUUGUCGUUCUUCAGAUUCAGAACUAAUCCAUUGGUUGCAAUGAUCCUGACUGGAAUAAUAAUUCUUCUAUGGUCACUGGAUAUUAUUUUGCUGUGUUGUGAUAAUUUCAAAUACCCAUGUUAUAUUUUAAUUGGCUUCAUCAUUCUGGAAGACUUAUUAACAAUUAUCUUCUGCUUCUUAACUAAAAGAUUGAUACGAGUAGUAGAGUUCACAAUGUUGUCAAUAUCAUUGGCUUGUUUUAUAGCUGUUAUAAUUAUCUAUUUUCUAAAACGGGAUGAGCCUCUUUGGUUGACGUUGGCUGGUGGCCUCUGGAACACUUCUGUAAUUUUAGUAAGUUCACUGUAAUGUUUUGAACUUGUGAAAAUGUCUACUGAAAUGGCUUCAGUGGUAAAUGUCAGAUGCAGUAAUAUUUCAAAUCGUAAACAAUUUGUAAAAGCAAAUUUUGUAUUGACAAAGCUUCAUGCUUAACACAAAUGUAUAAAUGUGUGAA